AUGGUAGAAUCUGAAAGAUACUUACCAAUGCUUGUUAGUAAAUUAGAAAUCAUUAUUGAAGAAUGUAAGGCAUUGAGAAUUUACAACCUUUAUUUAGAUGAAAAAUUCUAUGGGCAGAGGUUAAAUAAAUUAUAUAAAGAAAGUUUGAAAGAAGAAGAUAUUUUAAAGGAAUUAAAAUCCAUAUUGAGCAGAUAUGCUAAAGAAAGAAAUGAUAAAGAGAGAUUUGGAGAUUUUUUUAUUAGGAUGGGAUAUGUUAAAACUACAAAGUAUGGUAAAGAUUUUCACAAUUU